CUUUAUCUCACUUUCCCUGCUGAAUAUAUUUUUGUUUUUCCUUCUAAACAAGUAAGCCCUCAAUGUUUUAAGAGUCAACUCUCAUGGGCCAUCUAUUAUGGGCCACAACUCUUAAGUAGACUGUACAAAUGGCCCAAGAGACGCAUUCAGCUCAAAUCACUCAAUUCUCGGGAGUCGAAAUGGAAGCAGUUUGAUAAAAUAACAGAAAAUGGAAAAACAAAUUCAACAAACUAAUCAGCACAAUCCUCCUUAAUCUCUGUAAACCUCUUCAAAACCUUAUAAAUGUCCGAGGUGAGUUUGUGGCUUGCGAGUGUAUAUUUGCCGUGCGUGGUUUUUCACUUUUGACCAAUGUACGGAUUAAUGGCUUCGAGGCGCUUGCAAAGCAAAUGCGCUUCUUUGAACUGGUUCAGCUCGUUCAGUGCUUCAAGGUUUGCUCAUUCACUAGCCUUUGCCACAGUGAAAGCCGAAGAAAUAUCAGGCGCUCAGCCAGCUGAAGUUCUGAAUUUGGCCAAAAAAGAAAGAAAAGGUGAAAUUAUUCAUGUGUUUUCAUGGGAAAAGAGCAUAACUAAUGUGGUAGUGACCUCUCCAAAGGAUACCGGUAAUUGGACAAAAUCUUUUCGUUGGAACAAUAUUCCUGAUCCUUUAAAUGGCGAACUGUUUAUUAAGGUUUCUGAAGUUGAUGAGAAGGAAAUAAAGCCUUUUGUCGAGAGCUUGUCCAGUUGUCCCAAACAUGGUCUUCACAAUCCAUUUAAAUCACCUGAGAGGUACCUGAUGCUUGGAGAUGUAACCACAAAAGCAGCUCAUAAGCUAUCACUGCCUGAGGUUUCUGAUUUCUUUGCCAAGCUAGUACAAAGGGUGUCUCCGAAGAGUUACCAACAAGCGUUCGCUGAAGUUUAUGUCACACAGAAGUUUCUAGAAAAUUUCUGUGGCGAUCAGGUUCGUUUUCUGGCUAGGUCAUUUGGUGUUCCAGGUAAUCAUUUGGGUCAACAGAGCCAUGGCUUUAGGUGGCCUUAUGGUCCAGUCACAAUUAUUACUCCUUUCAAUUUUCCGUUAGAGAUUCCAGUGCUUCAACUCAUGGGCGCUCUAUAUAUGGGAAACAAGCCACUGCUUAAAGUUGACAGCAAGGUAUCUGUUGUUAUGGAACAAAUGCUUCGUUUGCUCCAUGAGUGUGGGCUUCCUUCGGAAGAUGUUGAUUUCAUAAACUCUGAUGGGAAAGCAAUGAACAAACUUCUCUUGGAGGCAAAACCACGCAUGACUCUAUUCACCGGUAGUUCAAGAGUUGCAGAGAAAUUAGCUGUUGAUCUAAAGGGUCGAAUCAAACUCGAAGAUGCUGGAUUUGACUGGAAGAUUCUUGGGCCAGAUGUCCAUGAGGAGGAUUAUAUUGCUUGGGUUUGUGACCAAGAUGCUUAUGCAUGUAGCGGCCAAAAGUGUUCGGCUCAAUCCUUGCUGUUCAUGCACGAGAAUUGGGGUAAAAGUUCACUCAUAAAUAAGCUUUCGGGUCUUGCUUCUAGAAGAAAGCUGAACGAUCUCACUAUUGGCCCUGUUCUUACCGUCACAACUGAAGCAAUGCUUGAUCACGUGAAAAAAUUGCUCAAUAUAAAAGGAUCGCGCGUUUUGUUUGGCGGUAAAGCUUUACAAAACCAUUCUAUUCCUACAGUGUACGGAGCCAUCGAACCUACUGCCAUCUUUAUUCCACUCGAAGAAAUUCUGAAGGAGAACAAUUUUGAUCUCGUGACAAAAGAAAUCUUUGGCCCAUUCCAGAUUGUCACGGAAUACAAACACGACGAGCUUCCGCUUGUUCUAAACGCUCUCGAAAGAAUGCACGCGCACUUAACAGCUGCAGUUGUGUCGAACGAUCCUUUGUUCGUGCAGGAGGUUGUUGGGAAUUCUGUUAAUGGAACUACUUAUGCUGGACUUAGAGCAAGGACUACCGGAGCUCCACAAAAUCAUUGGUUUGGGCCGGCGGGUGAUCCAAGAGGAGCCGGAAUAGGGACACCGGAGGCAAUAAAGCUGGUUUGGUCCUGCCAUAGAGAGGUCAUUUAUGACAUUGGCCCAAUACCACAAAAUUGGACAACUCCUAAACCAACUUAAAGUUUUUGUCCAAAUGUUGAGCUGCAAGAAAAUUGCAAAGACAUAUCAAAGUUUGAAGCAUUUUAUGUAAAAUUGCUAUGGAUUUUGAUGAAAUUCGAUGAAAGGUCUCGCUCGUUCUUGAAUUAUUGACAUAUGAGGUUAUCGGAAGAUUCUGUCGUGUUUUUGCAGCCCACCACAACGAAUCUCUGGGAAAUUUCGCAUUUUGACAAGGGUUUGGAGAAAGAGAGACAUGCAAUUCGAACAAGUUGUGUGCUCAUUUUUUUUCGACCCUCUUUGGAAUUGAGGAUUAAAACUUAUUUUCUAGUAAUUUUAAAUUCAGCAUCAUGUUUGAUCAACGAAGACGAACCUUUUGAUUGAUGUAUCAAAGUGUGCCCGGCAAAACCUUUUAUUGUUCAUUCAUCUACUUCAGUAUAUGCUUUAGAGCAGGGCAUAUCAUAUAUGUCUAUG